CUUUCUUUGAUGUUCGAAAGUAAAGCGGAACGGCAAUUUCGUAGAUACAGUUUGUAGCCGAAAAGAAAGACCGUAGGACUUGCGAUUUGUAAACAUAAUUUUGGUUGUGUAUGAACUCUAAGGGGCUCUGUCUCUAACAAGGAUCUGCAAGCUUGAUAAUAAAAUGAAUUGGGGAGAUGAGUCGUACGUUAUAGAAGAGCCAAGCGAUGAAGAACGUGGGUCAUCUAGCUCUGAAGAUGAAUUGGACGUGCUUUUAAGUGGGACUCCUGAGCAGAAACGUAAGUUACUGAGAGAGUAUUUAACAGGAGAAAGCGAGUCGUCUAGUGGAGAUGAAUUUGAAAAAGAGAUGGAAGCAGAGUUGAACACUACUAUGAAAACAUUGGAGGGCAGUUGGACUUCACCAGUGGUUUCCUCGGGCAGUGAUCAAGUUGGUACAAGUGGAUUGGAUCCCUCACAGAACAAAAAUAAACCACAAUAUUAUGACGAUAUUUACUUUGAUACAGAUUCAGAAGAUGAGGAAGAACCAAGAACUAAACAAGUGAAGAAAAAGACUAAGCGAAAGCACAGAGUUCUUACCAAUGAUGAACUGUUAUAUGAUCCGGAUGCAGAUGAUGAGGACCAAGCUUGGGUCGAUGCCCACAGGAGAAGACAUCAUGGAAUUUCAACAGUGAAGCAACAGAAUCAGCACCAUACAAAACUCAAACCACUUCCAGCCAGUGAUGCAGUACUUAACUGUCCAGGAUGCAUGAUAACACUGUGUCUCGAUUGUCAGAGGCACGAACAGUACAAGACGCAGUACAGAGCUAUGUUUGUGAUGAACUGUACCAUUAAUAAUGAAGAGGUUUUGAAAUACAAAUGUCAUAUUAACAAAAUGAGGACAAAGCAACACAAAAAAAUGAAGGUUAAUAAUGAGGAAACCACAAACAACACAUCACAAGAAGCAGAGGAAAUGGAAGUGUAUCAUCCAGUGAAGUGCUCUGAAUGUUCCACUGAAGUGGCUGUGUUGGAUAAGGAUGAAGUGUAUCAUUUCUUUAAUGUCCUAGCAAGUCAUUGUUAAAACCCUUUAUAAGUGGUUUUAUGUUUGUAAAUAGGGGGUGAAAUCCAAGUGCUCUGAUUCAGCAAACGCAUAAUGGGACUGACUAAAUGCCACAGUGUAGUCAGUAGCAUCCAUUUCAGGGCAGAGUUUUCAAUAAAUGUGUUUUAUGAACUGA